GAUCUCGUGAAUUUUAACUUUAUACUUUCUCUAUCGUAAGCCAUCUCUACAUCAUUCAUAUUCAUACUAUAAAACUAAACCCUUUUCUUUCUCUUUCUUCCCCUCCCAUUUUCCCCCACCUAUAGAGUAGUUAUCACCAAGAAAUUCAUUUUUAUGUGAAUUCUGAUCUAUCAUCACUUUCAAGAGAGUCUUAGUUCUCAAACCAUGGGUGGUGACAACACUGAGAAGACCACUAUAAUGGUGCUAAAGGUUGAUCUUCAAUGCACAAGCUGCUACAAGAAGGUCAAGAAAGUUCUCUGCAAAUUCCCUCAAAUUCGAGAUCAGGUGUAUGAUGAGAAGGCCAAUACUAUCACCAUUACUGUAUUGUGUUGCAAUCCUGAAAAAAUUCGUGACAAAUUGUGUUGCAAAGGAGGGGGAGUGAUCAAGAGUAUCGAGAUCAAAGAGCCUUCAAAGCCUAAGGCUCCUGAAAAGCCCAAGGAGCCCGCAAAACCUAAAGAACCGGAGAAACCUAAAGUGCCCGAGAAGCCCAAAGUGCCUGAGAAGCCUAAAGAACCAGAAAAGCCCAAGCAGCCGGAGAAACCCAAAGAGCCCGAGAAGCCUAAGGAGCCUGAGAAGCCAAAAGAACCGGAAAAACCAAAGGAACCUACGAAACCCAAGGAACCCGAGAAGCCCAAAGAGCCUGAAAAGCCCAAGGAACCCGAGAAGCCCAAACAACCUGAAAAGCCCAAAGAACCUGAGAAGCCCAAGGAAGCUCCUAAACCCGCACCGGUAGCUCCACCACCACAACCACCACCACCGUAUGCUCCAGAGCCAGUGAUAGUGAUGCCAGUACAAGGAUACCCGCAACAACCGCCUUCAGGAUAUGGUGGUUGUGGGCAAUGUUACGAAUGCUAUCAUGGAGGCCCAUGUUAUCAUUGGUACGGAAGACCAGUACAACCCGCCCCUCCACCGGGCCCAUGCUACCAUACGAAUUCGUAUGGUUACGGGCCCGGGCCUGUUCCGUAUGGACUCCCAAAAGGCUGUUAUGUAAGCAAAUGCAAUGAAUACUUCAGUGAAGAGAAUGCAGCUGGAUGCUCAAUUAUGUAAUCAGUGGGCCGUUGUCUGGGCCCAUGCCACCUUUUAAUUGGGUUCUUCUUGAAGUUUCCAGAACUAAAGUUUGGAAUCCUUUUGCAUGUUGUUAUCAUAUCAGAGAUACAAAAACAAUGCAUAAGGCUUACUUUUAAUAGAAAAGUUUACAGAGAAAAUAAUUUGGUGACCAGAUGAUUGGUUACCUGCCUUGUUAUAUAAUUCGUUAAAUAUUUUAUAAUAAAAUCUCUUUGGUUUUCA